UCUCGGUCGUGCACAUUCUUCGAGGAAGAACGCCCACCAUGCCGUUCGCACAACUCGUCAUAGGCCCCCCGGGGGCGGGGAAGUCAACCUUCUGCAAUGGCAUGCAUCAGUUUCUCGGAGCCAUCGGCCGCAAAUGCUCCAUCGUCAACCUGGACCCCGCAAAUGAUCAAACGUCGUAUCCGUGUGCGCUGGACGUUCGCGACCUUGUGACGCUGGAAGAGAUCAUGAGUGAGGACUCUCUCGGACCGAACGGCGGUGUUUUGUAUGCGCUGGAAGAACUGGAGGAGAACUUUGACUGGCUGGAGGAGGGGUUGAAGGGGCUCGAAGAGGACUACGUUCUAUUUGAUUGUCCAGGUCAAGUCGAGCUGUUUACACACCACUCCUCCCUACGGAAUAUCUUUUUCAAAAUCCAAAAAUUGGGGUAUCGAUUGAUUGUGAUCCAUCUCAUAGAUUCCUACAACCUUACAUUACCGUCGAUGUACAUUUCGGCUCUUCUCCUCUCCCUCCGCGCGAUGCUUCAAAUGGACCUUCCUCACCUGAACGUUCUCACCAAGAUCGAUAAUCUAUCCAACUAUGCCCCGCUACCUUUCAACCUAGAUUACUACACGGAAGUGCAGGAUCUCAACUAUCUUCUCCCUCAUCUCGAAGCUGAGUCUUCGCGCCUGUCGCAUGAAAAGUUUGGCCCCCUCAACAGCGCGAUCAUUGAGCUAGUCGAAGAAUUCGGGCUGGUAGGGUUUGAGACACUCGCGGUGGAAGAUAAGAAGAGCAUGAUGAACUUGCUGAAGGUCAUUGAUCGGGCUAGUGGGUACGUCUUCGGACCUGCGGAGGGCGCCAACGACACCAUCUGGCAGGUUGCUGUCCGAGAGGGCUUGGGGACAAUGGAUGUUCGGGAUGUACAAGAACGCUGGCUGGAUGCGAAAGAGACCUAUGACGAACACGAGCUGCAGGAGCUGGAGAAGGAGGCCAAAGCAAGGGAACAGGCGGCUGAAGACACGGCGAAGAACCUGGAUGACAACAACAAUGAAGAUGACGAUGACGAUGAAUACGACAACAUCCGCCAAGGCACAAUACCCGAUAGCGGGGUGAAGAUUAUACGAAAAUCAUGACAUGAUUCUGACUCAACAUCCAUCCAUACAAUGUAUAAUAGGGUAUCUCUAAUAGCGUGAUUGGAAAGACAAGAACUCCCCCAUGC